UGGGAUUAGACUAAUCUUCAGCUUCCUUUACAAAAAAGACAAGAUGGCAUCUACUCCAGGUCUCAAUAUUAAUCGCUCCAAUUCCUCGUCAGUUGAACAUUCCAAUUCAUCAUCAAAUCUUGUUGAGUCACCUUCCAUUGUGCCUCCCGUGUUACUUUUUCUUCUAGGAGUUGCUGGCAAUGGUAUUGCCGUCAUCAUAGUGUGUUGCUCUGUGAAACAGCAUCAGUGGCGGCCAUUUUAUCGCUUUGUGUGUGGACUUGCUGUGACAGAUGGCUUCGGUGUGAUGUUGGCGCUACCUUUUGCUAUCGUUAGAUACGCAACAAACUUCGAGUACAGCUAUUCGCAGACUGUAUGUGAUUAUAUGGCUGUCAUUCAAAUGUUUACAAUAAUGGCCUCUGCAAUGAUCGUAUGCACAAUGUCCCUGGAACGAUUCUUGGCUCUGAUAUUUCCAUACAAGUUUCAGUCUUUGACAAAAGAAGCUCGAAGCAUCGUAAUAUUAUUAUGUAUUUGGGUGAUAUCUGCUUUCCUAUCGUCUGGUCAUCUGAUGGCGGGAAGACCCAGUAAACGAUUUUAUCCGGAUUCGUGGUGUUUCGUUAAUUUUGAGUCCCAGGAUGCAACAGAUCAAGGAUUUUCCUACCUGUAUGUUUUGGUGGGACUUCUUGUACUGAUUACUACCUUUGUUACUAAUGUAAGCCUGAUUGUAGUAAUCCUCAAAAGCAAGUUGUCAAUGUCUUCCAAAUCCAUUGUAAACACACGCGGAACUCGUAUUAUCCUUUUCCUUUUCUCUGUGGUGUUGCUUUACAGCAUAUGUAGUCUGCCAAUACUGAUAAAUAUGUUUGGUCAUCUUUCUGGAACUUAUAAGGGCACACCGAGGUUUGAAUUGCUUAACAUAGAAAUGGCAACAACUAAUUCAAUCAUAGACCCAUGGAUUUAUAUAAUCUUCCGAGAAGAGACAAUCAACUUCGUCCGCGGAUUAUAUAAAAAGCUCACGUGCACCAUUUGCAAUUCAAGAAAAAAUGAACUUGAAUGGCAAAAUUCAGAAACCCCAAACGAGCCUAAUAGUUUUACAGUAACUUCAACAUAGGAAUAUUAGUAAAGUUAGUGUGUAUGCGUAUAUAAGAGAGAGAGAGAGAGAGAGAGAGAGAGAGAGAGAGAGAGAGAGAGAGAGAGAGAGAGAGAGAGAGAGAGAGAGAGACGCAAGGCUUUUGUUUAAUAAAAUUUCAGUUAUUAGUACUAACAAAAUGAUAAGCUAAGAGAAAUUAAUAUUCUUAAAAUUUAGGUAACUAAAACAU